CGAAAGGGAGCUCCAUCUGCCCUCCAGGAACAGCUAUGAAGUUCCUCUCCUCAAGCACCUUCUGUCCACUUGCCUUCGUGGGGCUGCUCCUGGUGACAGCUACUGCCUUCCCCACCUCGGAAGUCCCAAGAGAAGAUGUCACAGCCAAUGCCACUUCAGAUGGACCAACAUAUGCCUCUACACAAAAUGCUGAAGAUCAGAUUUCAUAUACCCUCAUGAAAAUCAAAGAAUUGAAAGAGGAGGUAUGUAACAAUGAGGAAAAGUGUGUUAGCAAUGACAAUGCAUUGUCACGAGACAAGCUGAACCUUCCAAAGAUGACAGUGAAAGAUGGGUGCUUUGAAAGUGGACAUAAAAAGGACAACUGCCUGCUGAAAAUCUCCUCUGGUCUUCUGGAGUUCCAGAUCUACCUAAAGUACAUCCAGAAUAAGUUUCAGAGCAGUGAGAAAAAUAACAAAGCCAAAGAUGUGAAGAGCAGUACAAAAUCUGUGAUCCAACUCCUGAUGCAAGAGAUAAAGAAUCAAGAUGAAAUAGUCUUCCCUAGCCCAACUGCAAAUGCUCUCCUACUGAAAGAGCUGGAGUCACAGAAUGAGUGGCAGAAGAACAUGAUAAUUCACCUCAUCCUGAGCAGCCUUGAGACUUUCCUGCAGUUCAGUUUAAGAGCUCUUCGGAUACUGUAA